AUUGGCUUUGCAGUUAUUGGCUUUGAAACGUUGUAGCCUUUGUUGCUUAUAAUUUUUGGUUUUUGAAAAAGUUGCCUGUGAUCUGUCCUUACUGUUCAUUUUCUUCCUUCUCUUUCUCCAGAGCUGUGAUCCUGACAAAGCUCAUGUAAUGUGGGUCGCUGAACAGAUCCGUGUUUCAGUGGCCAAAAACAACCUUCUGUUGCCAAUAGCGGAGUACAGCCUCCGCAUCUCAGACAUCAUGUUGGGAGAAAAAACAUCUCGGGAGAAAGCAAGGAAAACGAUCUCUCUGUGUCCUAACAUCAUCACUCCGAAUACAAUCCCAGAGUUCUGCAUCCCACCAAAGAUCUCGCCACAGCAGGAGCUAAAGACGGUGGACUGGAGUAAAACUAGCCCUGUUGGAAAGGUGUCCUUUUCACCUGAGAAGGGCAGCAGCCCGGAGAGGGAGGUAGCAGUGAGAGAACCCUUCAUCAACACUCAUCCAACCCUCAUCCAGGUAGAGAGCGUGGACGAGACUCCAUACGACCAGGGCUUCAGUGAUGAGGAGAGUACCAACGCCGACCCCCAGAGCCAAGCAGCUCUCUCCCUGCCCCACCUGGCCAAGGCCCAGACCUGCUACGGUUUCUGUACCCUCCUGGAGAGCCCCCACACCCGGAGGAAAGAGUCUCUGUUCCACAGCCACCCCAACGCCUGCCCCCUCCCCCUGAUCGCUGGCUCUCGCGGCCGCUCCAAAACUUACUCCUCCAGAACCUCAUCUCUACCCCACUCCCCGUCAUCCUCCUUCAGCCUCACCAAGCUGACCUCCGGCAGGCUGUCUCGGGGAGGCUCCAGGCUGGUGGCUCUCCAGAGACAGAGCACCCUGGACAGUGACACCACCUCCUCCGCCGAGUCUUCCCCCUUCAGCUCCCCUCUCCUGGCCAGGCCGCCUCCCAAGUCCUCCCUGCUCAAAGCCCUGAGCCACGACAGACUGCUGUCCCAGACUAUGAGAAAAGCUGUGCUCUCCAGAAACAACUCUCUGUCCACGGAUGAAGUCAGCUCCACGGACAACAGCCCCAAUAUCAUCCGGAGAGCCUCUGAUGCUGGAUUAGUAGAACCCCUUCCCAGUGCCUUCACCCUUGCUCCCCCUGCUAUCUUCCCCAUAGACCUCGUCCUCCACAGAGAGAGGGUCAUGAAGGAGAGUCUAGCUCCUGUAGGUAGAGAGGGGGCACUACGGCUCUCAGCAGAGUACAGCCUAGACAACCAGAGACUCAGAGUGAGGUUGAUCAGUGCUGAGGGACUGUAUGCUAUCGCUGUGGAUCCUAAGAGCAUCAACUGCAGCAUCGCUAUCUGUCUGUUACCGGGGAAGAUUCAGAAGCAACGCAGCGCGGUGAUUAAGAGGAGCAGGAACCCCCUCUUCAAGGAGGAUUUCUUCUUCUAUGGUAUCUCACAGGAAGAUAUCUGCUGCCGGUCGCUGCGGUUCAAAGUUGUCAACAAAAUGUCCUCCAUGAAAAGAGACUAUAUUUUGGGAGACUGUGAGAUUUUGCUGAAAAGUUUAUUAUCUAUGUAGAAAUGUUUUAUUUAUUUAUUUUACUAGGCAAGUCAGUUAAGA